CAUCAACUUACCGCCUCUUUGCUUGUUUUUGUCGCGCGUCUCAUUUCCAUCCACACAAGCAAUUUCCGGCCCUUCUUCCUGGUACUCUUCUUUCUUGCCCAGCCCUGUUGGUAGCCUUCUUCUGAUAGGGAAGCCCGAUGCACCACUUGGCUUCUUGAUUACUUCGGCGUUGCUCGUCAUUUACUCCGCAUUGGGCGUCUCUCCGCUCAGGAUGAGGCUUCCAUCAAUACUACACCUUUCGCUGGCCUUCGGGCUCUCGUUAUCUGCAUCUGCUGUUGCAGCGCGGAGCAACUACUCCGAAGCCGAGCUAAUACCUCCGCUCUUCUCCACCUUCAGCGAUCGGCCAGACGGGUGCCCUCCGUGCUUCAACUGUCAACUAGACGCCUUCCAAUGCGCCCAGUAUGCAUCAUGCGAUAGGUUCACAGGAAAAUGUGUCUGUCCGCCCGGCUUCGGAGGCGAUGAUUGUGCACAGCCGUUGUGUGGAUCGUUGGCCGAUGGGCACCAGAGGUCGCCGCCGAAGGAUGGGCAGUGCGCAUGUAAGGAUGGCUGGGAGGGUCUCAAUUGUAACGUCUGUCAAACGGACGAUGCUUGUAAUGCCAUGAUGCCAGAAGGAGAGGGCGGCGUUUGCUACAAGCAAGGUGUUACUGUCAAGGAGAAUUUCCAGAUGUGUGAUGUGACCAACCGCAAGAUCCUGGACCAAUUGAAGGAUCGCAAGCCUCAGGUUACAUUCUCAUGCGAGGCAGAGGAUAACACCUGCAAUUUUCAGUUCUGGGUAGGCAAGGUAGAGUCCUUCUACUGCGGCCUGGAUACGUGUCAGUGGGGACUGGAGACGACUCACAACCAAAACAAGACUCACUACACGUGCGAAAACAUCCACUGCGAGUGUAUUCCUGGACGCAUGCUGUGUGGCGAGGAGGGAUCCAUUGACAUUGGCGACUUCCUCCGAGAAUCGAUCGCGGGUCCGGCAUCGUUUUCGUCCGUCUCGACCGAAGGAGGUAGUCCCGACGAUGGAAGCAAGUUCCAGGAGCCGGCGAUGGAUGAUUUAAUCAAGGCAGUCUUUGGUGAUAAAAGUAUCACGCUGAACUGCAAUGCAGGAGAGUGUUUGUAUAGAACAGACGUCCCCGGAUAUACUCGCCCUGUCAAACAGAUCAAUACCCCUCUCAUUGCUGGCGUCAUUGCAGGAUGUGCUCUCUUCGUCGUGGCUGUGAUCUUAGCAGUAUGGUACUUGUCGCGCAGGUCUUAUGGUCGCAUACAAUUGCCCCUCUCCGACGACUCUGACGAUGAGGCGGCCAAACUCCUAGCCGAACACAAGCCAGCAGCCCUGUACUGGGACAAUGUCUCAUACUAUCUUAACGGGAGGGAAAUCCUCAGUGGCAUCCAGGGUGCAUCCCAACCCGGUCAAAUUACGGCUAUCAUGGGUGCUUCAGGAGCAGGCAAGACCACCUUCCUUGACAUCCUUGCUAGGAAGAACAAGAGAGGCACGGUUCGUGGUGAAUUUUAUAUCAAUGGAGAGAAAAUCAGCGACCAUGAUUUUAAAUCUAUGAUUGGUUUUGUCGACCAAGAGGACACUAUGCUUCCCACUUUGACCGUGCAUGAGACUAUCCUGACCAGUGCGUUGCUGCGGCUUCCUCGGGACAUGAGCCGAGCUGCCAAGGAACAACGAGUAUUCGAAGUCGAGAAGCAGCUUGGAAUCUUACACAUCAAAGAUCAAUUGAUCGGAUCCGAGGAAGGUAAAGGCCGAGGCAUAUCUGGCGGUGAAAAGCGACGAGUGGGAAUCGCUUGCGAGCUUGUCACGAGCCCCAGUAUACUUUUCUUGGAUGAACCCACUAGUGGCUUGGACGCGUUUAAUGCCUUCAAUGUUGUGGAGUGCCUGGUCACUUUGGCAAAGACAUACAACCGGACUGUCAUUUUCACCAUUCAUCAGCCGAGAUCCAACAUCGUGGCUCUAUUCGAUCGACUUAUUCUUCUUGCUAAAGGAAAAACUGUCUACUCUGGCCCAUUCUCGACAUGUCAACAAUACUUCGAUCAGGCGGGAUACUCUUGCCCUCCGGGCUUUAAUAUCGCUGAUUACCUGGUUGAUCUUACGAUGCAUGCCAGUGUUACUCGCUCUUACAGCGACGAAGUCGGAUCUCCUUUGUCGAGUGCGCGUAUGGAUCCCCCCAAGACAGCUUCAAGCAGUUUGAGAGCGGUCAAAUCCGUCGCAAGCGCAUCAAACGUAAGCUUGGAGGAUAAUUCCAGCAGUACCUUGGAAGCGAACCGACGGCCCAAGAGUCAGCGGCGAGUCUCGCUCAAACAACGGCAGGACAGGCAACUAUACUCACGGAAAAAGGACCCCGAGGCACCGUCUACACCCAAGACUGAUGAAGAGGAUGUGCAAUUGGAUGAUGUGGCGGACGACACUCAGCAAUGGCUGCGUCUAUCCCGUCAACCUGCUAUUAUACCGCACCAGACUCCCGAAGAACCCGAUCAUUUACCACCUGUCGCUCCAGGCCAGACAGAUCUUGAUAUCCUGGUCUCCAAUUACAUCUCGUCGGAUAUUGCCCGCUCUGUGCAUGACGAAAUUGUGGCCGCCAUCCAGAAUGCUCGGGCGGCCAACGGAUUCGCCAACCCGGAAGCUCUCUCUGCUCCCCAUGUUGUAACAUCCAAGGGUUAUGCUCGAAUUGGCCUCUUCCGCCAAUUCUUGAUUCUCUCGCAGCGGACCUGGAGGAACCUGUACCGCAAUCCGAUGUUGAUGCUUACCCAUUUUGCGAUCUCCAUUCUGCUUGCUGUCCUGUGUGGUUACCUCUUCUAUGGACUGACUGACGACAUUAAGGGCUUCCAGAACCGACUGGGUCUCUUCUUUUUCAUCCUAGCAUUAUUUGGCUUCAGUACCCUGACUAGUCUGACCGUCUUCUCAUCGGAGCGACUUCUUUUCGUACGUGAGAGAGCAAAUGGCUACUACCAUCCGAUUACCUAUUUUGCGGCUAAAGUGGUGUUUGAUAUCGUACCUCUUCGACUUCUGCCACCAAUCAUUAUGGGGAUGAUUGUGUAUCCAAUGACGGGACUGAUUCCAGCCUGGGGCGAGUUUUUCCGAUUCAUUCUGGUGCUGGUGCUCUUUAAUCUUGCCGCCGCCAACAUUUGUCUUUUCAUUGGUAUUAUCUUCCGUGACGGAGGAGUGGCCAACUUGAUCGGAAGUCUUGUGAUGUUGUUCAGUCUCCUGUUUGCCGGUCUUCUGCUCAACCACGACGCAAUUCCCAAGUCUGCUUUGUGGCUACAAACGGUAAGUUUGUCACCAAUACAUUCAGUCCUUACUCAUUGUACCCUGCUGACCGCUCGUCUAGCUAUCUAUUUUCCACUACGGCUUUGAGGCAUUGAUUGUCAAUGAAGUGACGUAUUUGACCUUGAUCGAUCACAAGUAUGGAUUGGAUAUAGAAGUUCC